AUGGACUUGCCUGGGAAGCCUUGGGAGCACCACAUAUUGAAGCAUGACCGCGAAGACCCAACCAAAGCAUUCCGGUGUGAAAAGUGUGGCAAGGUUUUGGGAGAUGUUUCGGAGCUUCGCAAGUUGCAAGGCAAGGUUCCUGUGCCUACAGAACAAGAGCUGCAGCCAAGGCCAGUUGCAACUCCUGUGAGGGAUGGCGGCUCUAAGACCCCUGCGUCCAGCUCGCUUGAUGAGCAACUAGCUGUCCAACUUCAGGUUCAAGAAGAAGAGGCCGAGCUUGUGCGUCUUGAAGCUGACAUGCAAGAGCUGAAGGCGCUGGAGAUGGAAGAGCAAAGUCUCAACCUGCUUUUGGCUGAGCUGGAGGAAGAGGAAAAGGAACUUGAAAACUUGACCUUGGAGUUUUCAAGGUCCGAAGAUCCAUCCAAAAGCCCUCCUGAGAUUAAGAAGGCUCCAGUUCAGGAGAACUCCAUGCAGUCCAAGGUGAUGAAGGAGGAGGUGACAAGUGUGGAGUCUGAAAAGAAAGGGUCUUCGCUUGAGGAAAAGCCUGAGGAAGCUUCACGUGAGGAGAAGAACAUGUCUCAAGGUGAGUCUGGCCUCGGAAAUGAAAACGGCAGGAACGAUGAUCGUCCUGCAAUCCUUGACACUGUGGAGCCCAUCACUCCAAAGCAGCAAAGAGAAUCAUUUCCCAAGAGGAAGCGCAACAAGAACAAGGAUCAGGAUGAUGAGGAAGACGAGGACGAGGAAGAUGAAGAAAAUGAAGAAGAUGAAGCCAGCAAGGAAAGUGGUUCCAAGAAGAAGGACGCAAGAAAGAAGAACAAGGAGGAAGGAAAGCCGGCAGGAGGUCGCAGGCGCAAGAAGAAGGAGGAAGAAGACCAGGAAGAGGAUGAGAAGGAAAAGGCAAAGCCUAAGCCGGCAGGAGGUCGCAAGGGACAAAAGAAGAAGGAAGACCAGGAAAAGGAUGAGAAGGAGGAGGAGGAGGAAAAGGAUGUGAAGGAGGAGGCAAAGCCGGCAGGAGGUCAGAAGCGAAAGAAGAAGGAUGAAGAAAACCAGGAAAAGGAUGAGAAGGAAAAAGCAAAGCCGGCAGGAGGUCGCAAGGCAAAGAAGAAGAAGGAAGAAGACCAGGAUGAGGAGGAGGAAGGAAAGUCAGCAGGGUCUCAGGAGGGCAAGAAGGAAGAAAAGGGUAAAGGUAAACGGACCGAAGAGGAAAGGGAGAAGGCCAAGUGUGAGACCAAAGCCAAGCAGUCUCGAAAGUCAUCCGCGUACCAUGUGGCGAAGCGGAAAGCACUCCAGGAUGGCAAAUCUUUGCCAGAAGCGCUUGCUGCCGCGAAACUCGCAUCUUGA